AUGGCACCACCUACAGCUACGGAGUGGUCGAUUGAGUACGACACUCUCCGGCGUGAACGGUUAUUCCGGCAUCCCCCCAAGGAUCACACUGCAUAUCCGUCUCUCGCAGCAUCCAUCCGGCCUCAUAUCGAUUCCUUCAAUGCCCUAUUCGAUAAUAACAAAAUCUUAGAGGCUGCGCUAAAGGACAUUGGCACCAAGUCAUUUCUAGACGGAGAUGCGGAAACACAGGAGCAGAAGCGGGUUAGGCUGGAUGAUGGGAGAAGGAGCCCCCGAAGAAACAAGCUCUCAGUGCGCAUUACGGAACUGUUUCUUGAGAAAGCCAUGCUUCCGGCAUCAAACAAAUUUAGCACACGGAACAGAGAAAUUUACCCUUCUGAGUGUCGAGAGAGACAUGCGACAUAUCGCGGCAGAUUAAGAGCGCGAUUAGAGUACAGGGUCAAUAAUGGCGAGUGGAAAGAAUCCGUCAGAGAACUAGGCCAGGUCCCAAUCAUGUUAAGGUCCAAUCGGUGCCACCUCGAAAAGUGUUCGCCGGAACAACUUGUCCAACGAAAGGAGGAAUCUGAGGAACUUGGCGGCUAUUUCAUCGUAAAUGGGAACGAGAAGCUCAUUCGAAUGCUGAUUGUCGGAAGGCGGAAUUUUCCCAUGGCCAUCAUUCGUAGCUCCUUCACGAAACGCGGCCAGACAUAUACAAAAUACGGUAUUCAAAUCCGUUCCGUUAGGGCUGAUCAGACUUCCCAAACCAACGUUUUACAUUACCUUAGCGAUGGGAAUGUGACAUUCCGCUUUUCUUGGAGGAAAAACGAGUACCUUGUCCCAGUUGUGAUGAUAUUGAAAGCACUCGUGGAAACGAAUGAUCGAGAAAUUUUCGAACGGCUAGUUGGUCGUGAAGGGUCUGAGGGAAUUAAAAACUCCUUUGUCACUGAUCGGGUCGAGCUACUCCUACGGACGUACAAGGGAUACAAGCUUUAUGGAAGGGACGACACGAGAGCUUACCUUGGAGAGAAAUUUCGGCCUGUUUUGGGAAUGCCCGCAGACAUACCGGAUGACAUGGUCGGCGCGGAAUUCCUUCGAAAGGUCGUAUUACCACACCUCGGUAACCAAAAUGUGACCGAAUCUCAAGACAAUGAUAAAUUCAACAUGAUACUCUUCAUGAUCAGGAAGCUCUAUACCCUGGUUGCAGGAGAAUGCGCUCCAGAUAACCCUGACGCUGUCUCGAAUCAAGAAGUGCUACUUGGCGGUUCUUUGUAUGGGAUGCUUUUGAAGGAGCGUCUAGAGGAAUGGCUGAGAGCCUUCGGUCCCAUUGCGCGUGACUGGAGUUUCAGGAAUCAAAAUGCACGAUUCUCAGAUCCAAGGUUUGAGAAGGAGUUCCUCAGUAGAAUUGUGUCCAGGACGAAUGAAAACAUUGGUGGCGCACUGGAAUAUUUCCUCUCUACUGGUAACCUCGUCAGCCCAACUGGUCUGGACCUACAACAACCAUCUGGUUAUACCGUUAUAGCCGAAAAGAUCAAUUUCUACCGGUUUAUCAGUCAUUUCCGAAUGAUACACAGGGGAAGCUUUUUCGCGCAGCUCAAAACGACUACAGUUCCCCAUAAAUGUGAAAUCGCAACAAGUAAUUUGGAUGUCUCUGGUGUCCCUCAACUGAUAUCGGAUCUCGGAGUGACCUAUGAGUCUUCCGUGUCUCUGGAUGAAUGCGUGGUGGUCCAGCUGGAUGGCCGGAUUCUUGGUUACUGUUCCCCGAAGCAGGCUCGCAUGAUUUCUGACACACUCCGAUAUUGGAAGGUUGCGGGCAAUAAAAGCCUCCCCGUGGAACUUGAAAUCGGAUAUAUUCCCAAUUCGAAUCGAGGGCAAUAUCCAGGUAUCUAUUUAUUCUCCCAGUGUGCGAGGAUGAUGCGACCAGUCAGAUAUUUGCCGUUGGAUAAGCUUGACUAUGUUGGGCCGUUCGAGCAGCCGUUCAUGGAAAUUGCCUGCGUUCCGUCCGAUAUCAUGUCCGGUAUAUCUACCCAUGUGGAAUUCGACCCUACCCACAUCCUUUCGAUUGUCGCCAACAUGACUCCAUUCUCCGACUUCAACCAAUCUCCCCGUAAUAUGUACCAAUGCCAAAUGAGUAAGCAGGCCAUGGGAACUCCCGGAGCAUCGAUAGAAUACCGAACCGACAACAAACUUUACCGGCUACAAACUGGACAAACACCUGUUGUUCGAACCCCUCUCUAUAAUAGCUACGGACUCGACAACUUCCCUAACGGCAUGAAUGCUGUUGUGGCUGUGUUGUCAUACACUGGCUAUGAUAUGGACGAUGCUAUGAUUAUCAAUAAAUCGGCUCACGACAGAGGAUUUGGGUGGGGAACAAUUUACAAAACAAAAAUUUACUCCCUCGAUGACAAGGAAUCUCGUGGUCGUGGAAAGGCGAGACGAGAGGUUAGCAAACUCUUUGGAUUCGCACCGGGCAGUCUGAUUAAAGGAGAAUGGCGACAUGCUCUGGACGAAGAUGGCCUCCCCCACAUCGGCGCUCGUGUGACAGAAGGCAGCAUCGUUGCCGCAUGGCAUACAGUCCGCUUCGACCCAGUAUCUAACUCCUACACCAACAUUGACGGACAAACCCACCUACUCAAGUACAAAGACACGGAAGAGGGUUACAUUGACAACGUGCGCAUCCUUGGCUCCGAAACGGGUGGUGACCCUUGUCAAGCCAUCAGUGUGAAAUUCCGCGUCCCCCGAAAACCAGUCAUUGGAGAUAAAUUUUCCUCCCGCCACGGACAGAAGGGUGUCUGUUCCCAGCUGUGGCCUGCGAUCGACAUGCCCUUCUCUGAAACAGGCAUUCAGCCUGACAUCAUCAUCAACCCGCACGCUUUCCCCUCCCGAAUGACAAUUGGUAUGUUCAUCGAGUCCCUGGCGGGCAAAGCUGGCGCUCUCCAUGGUCUCGCGCAGGACUCCACCCCAUUCCGAUUCUCGGAGGAACACACUGCCAGUGACUUCUUCGGAGAACAGCUCCGCAAAGCCGGAUACAACUUCCACGGCAACGAACCUAUGUAUUCCGGCAUCACAGGCCGUGAAUUUGCCGCAGACAUCUACCUAGGCGUUGUCUACUAUCAGCGACUCAGACACAUGGUCAACGACAAAUUCCAGGUGCGGACGACGGGUCCCGUGAAUGCAUUGACGGGACAGCCCGUCAAGGGCCGUGCGAAAGGUGGUGGUAUCCGUGUCGGAGAGAUGGAGCGUGAUUCACUUCUCGCCCACGGCGCCGCUUUCCUCCUGCAAGACCGGCUGAUGAACUGCUCGGACACCACCCGCUCGUGGAUCUGUAGGACUUGCGGCUCAUUCCUGUCGACUCAGGUUGUUGUUUCUAAGUUCAUGGCGCCAAGUAAAAACCCUGCCAUGGCCGCUGUUGCGAAGUCGUCAUCUGGGCUUGGACGGCCGGGUGGUGCUAUGGGCGCUUUAGAUGGCGGUGCAGGGGUUGUGCGCUGUCGUCGCUGUGCGAAGGAAGCGGUCUUUGACGACCCCCGAGCUGAGGUAUGGGAAGAUGGAGAGGGGAGGAGGUUUGUUGGUGGAGAUGACACGACGGUUGUUGCUGUGCCAGGCGUGUUGAAGUAUUUGGAUGUUGAGUUGGCGACUAUGGGCGUCAAGAUGACAUUCAAGGUCAAUAAUUGA